AAUCAUUUCCUCCGUUGCUUCCGAGCCGCCAAAUGUCGCACUCGGAAACCAUCGGGUGACUCUUCUCCAAGGCCACUGCCACUUCCCAAAAAUCCAAAAAUCUGAAUCAUCUGCUUGAAGAGGUACCAGAAAAUCAUACGUUAGCAAAGCGGAAGGCUCUCAUACGGGACGAGUAUCGUUGCAUGCUCACCGGCGUGUACGACGCAAGCUCCGUCGAAUCUAUGCCUCAUAUCCUUGCAGCGAACGCACCCAACGAUAUCGGCGAGACUGUGGCCGCCCACAUUCUCCAGAUUCCACCAAUAUCCAUCAAGCCCUGCAAAGGUGUGGUCUCUCAAUCAAUCUGGCACGAAUUCGCACACUGCCCGUUCACAGCACAACUAUGCCGCUACGGUAUUGGGUGCCAUGGCGCGGACACGCCAAACACAUACACGCCCAAAUCUACACUCCCGAUGUAUCGGCAGCGUAUAUACCAACGAACGUCACUUUACGACCCCGGAUCCCGGAGUCUUCCACUGCCUGCUCGUGUGGCACAUCUUUCGGGCGCAGGGGAGUAUAUUGAGAAGAUGUCGAGUGAGAUGGAAGAGACCAGUGUGUUGUCCAACGAUGGCUCUUCCGCACAUUUAUUAGCGGCGGCACUGCACGAUAUUUCAGUAGAUUGACU